AUGGCGCAAAAGGGGUUUCGAGAGUUUAACGGAUGCCAUGAGCACAAUUUCCUGGCUACUACGAUGCUCGAUCAGACCCGCCGCUCGCGCCGCAAGCUCUACCAAGUCUGGUAUGACCUCCGAAACGCCUUCGGUUCGCUUCCGCAGCCCCUCAUGUGGCAGGUGCUCCGCCGGAUUGGUGUUGAGCCCCGGUUCAUUAACCGAUGCCAAGAUAUCUAUGAGGGGUCUGCUUUCGUGAUUAUGAAUGCGAAGGACGGGGCGACCGACCCGGUGCGACAGGAAGUGGGUGUCUACCAAGGCUGCCCCUUGAGCCCCCUUCUUUUUAUUGCUGCUCUCAUCCCACUGGUCCGCCGUUUGGAACUACUGGAGGAUGUCGGUGUGCCGCUGGCUGAGGGUGUCCGCCCGUGCACCACCGCUUAUGCCGACGACAUCAAGGUUUUCAGUGACAGUGCCGAUGGAAUCCGCCGCUGCCAUGACGUUGUCCGGAGGUUUCUCCAGUGGACGGGGCUGCGCGCUAACCCUGCCAAGUGUGCGAGCCUUGCGGUGACCAUUAAUGCUCGUGGUAACCCGACACUUGACGACAGUGUUCGGCUGGGGAUUCAUGGCGAUGUCAUUUCCCCGCUCACCCUUAAUGAGAGCUAUCGCUAUUUGGGGGUGGGCGAUGGUUUUGACCAUGUUCAGCACCGCCUCCAGCUCGAGCCAAAGCUCCAGCAGAUAAAGCGAGAGGCUGUGGCACUGAUGAAGUCUGGCUUAGCGGUGUGGCAAGUGGUGAAAGCGCUUAAGACUUACGUAUAUCCGAAGGUGGACUACGCGCUUCGCCACUUGCGCCCGCUUCGCUCUCAGCUCGAAGGAUUCGACUGUGCCGUGAAGCGUGGACUGCGACAUAUGCUGCGCCUGCCCCAGUCUUCGACCACUGAGUUCUUCUACGCGCCCACUUCUGGUGGUGGACUGGGCCUGCAGUCUCUAGUGGAGAUGCACCAAUCUCUGCAGGUGGCGCACGCAUGGCAGAUGUUGCACUCCAAGGAUCCAGCUCUAGUGGCGGUGGCGAAGGCUCAGGUCCUACAGGUCGUGCACAAACGAUACCGCCUAUUGAACGACCACUGGACGGGUCGAGACGACGAACUCGUACGUUUGUUUUUGAACUCCGAGCUCGCGUCGUCUCCCCACGCCACCAUCCAUCGCAGAUCGGGGGACAUCGCUUCGGUUUGGGUGGAUGUGCAGCGGGUGCUGUGCAUCCACCGUAUUACCUUUACUGAUCGCGCCGACGAGUCUGGUCAGGACUCGUUUGCGAUUCGCGUGCCGCACCACACCCAAUGGCUUGACCACAAGUCUGUUUUGCGGCACGUGAAGUUGCACAUGAUUCGACACCAGACUCGGUGGCAGAGUCUGGUGGACCAAGGCCGGACGGCUCGGGUUCACGGUGGACCCGGGUCUAAGUUUGUGCUAUCGGGAGCGGUCCUGUCUGAUGCUGAACAUCGGUUCGGCAUACAAGCUCGUCUAAACCAAGUGGACACGAACUCGGUUCUGAAGCGACGCCGUAUGCGGCCAAAUGCUCAUUGUCGACAGUCGGCCUGCUUGAGUGCGGAAACACUGGCGCACGUUUUGAAUCACUGUGCAUCCAAUAUGCAUUUAAUCCGCCAGCGUCAUGACACUGCACUCGAGCGAAUUGGUGUGGAGAUCAGGAAAGCGCUUCAACGGACCAAGUCGCAAGCAGAGUUACGACUCAAUCAGACGGUUCCUGAGUACACCGGUGCGGCUCUGCGUCCGGAUAUGGUGCUGAGGGACGUAAAUGCCAAGACCAUGGUGAUCGCUGACUUGGCAGUCACCUUCGAGACCCAUGGUGCUGGAUCUCGCCUUUCCUCGCUGCAGUCCAGCUAUGACUUCAAGAUGCUCAAGUACAAGCCUAUCGCCGAUGAACUCCGGCUGAAGGGGUGGAGAGUGGAGUCCGCUGCGAUUGUCUAUGGAUCUCUAGGCUCGGUGCUCCCGCGUAACCUCAAGACAUACACGGACACGCUCCACCUGCUCAAGCGCGAUGCUAGGACUCUGGAAUUUCGCCUUUCCAGUCAUUGUGUCCGCUCCAGUCGCCGGAUCUGGAGCUGGCACUGCCAACUACACAGGGAUCGACAACGGAGAGGGGCGGCUACAAGAGAGUCGCGCAGGUCCGGGGGAACCUGCAGGCUCCUCAGCCGCCAGAGGCGCGGUGAUAAGCUGGUCUUUAUGACCGACAGGGCACUAUCCAGGUAG